UGCCUAAGAUUUCAGUAUCCGACCCGAUGGGGCUUAUCAGCCCAUUUUGAAGCCCACCCGAAUAAAACAUUCUAUAAAUACAUACAAAACCCUAAUCUGCUUCUUUUCUCAUGGUGCUUGCGGGAACCUGAAACCACUUUUCCUCUGCAGCAGUUCUCUGUUUCAACUUUCAAUCACUCUUAACAAUCUCCAAUGGCUCCGAAGAAAGAUAAGGCACCGCCACCAUCAUCAAAGCCCGCGAAAUCUGGUGGAAAGCAAAAGAAGAAGAAAUGGAGUAAGGGAAAGCAAAAGGAGAAAGUGAACAAUUUGGUGUUGUUUGAUAACGCUACUUUUGAUAAGCUUCUUUCUGAGGCUGGUAAACAGAAAGUUGUUACGGCUGCUACUCUUUCUGAGCGUUUCAGGAUCAAUGGAUCUCUUGCAAGGAGGGCCAUUAGAGAGCUUGUUUCAAGGGGUGCUAUCAAGAUGGUUUGCCAUCAUUCAAGCUUGCAGAUUUACACCAGAUCUACCAACGAGAAAGUUAAUCCUACGGCUGCUUGAUGCAUUUUCAAUUUGGAUCUUACUUUUGUAGACUUAAAAGUUUUGUCUAUUUCAGAUAGUUCAUUAUAAGUUACAACUAGCCUUGGAGCUUGGUGGAAUGUUUUCCUUGAAUUGUUCUACUCUUUUAACCUUUUUCUUUUUAUGAUCGGGAAAUUUUUACGAAGGCUUGUUGGUCUGGUUGAGUC